AUGAGUCGAAUCCGAACUAUUAUAACGACAGCGGCACUGUCCCUGCUCUGGACUGCAGCUGUCACCGCUGCCCCCAAAAGUCCAACCACCCAGGAGUUGACGGUGGCACUCGGUUAUGGCACCUUCCAAGGGGCCUACUCUUCCGGCUACAAUAUAUCCUACUGGCAGAAGAUACCCUUCGCCGCGCCUCCAGUCGGCGCCCUGCGUUUCCGUGGUCCGCAGCCGCCAAAGUCGUACACAUGCGGUGGGGUCUACAACUCGAGCCAGACGUUUGACAUGUGCCCUCAGAGAACGACCAACGGCUCAGAAGACUGCCUCUACCUAGGCCUGUACACCCGGCCCUGGACGCCCACGCAGCCUCUCCGCCCCGUCAUCAUCGCCUUUUACGGCGGCGGCUUCAUCCGGGGCUCGGCGACCUUUACACCCCCACCAUCGCUGUACCCGAUCCACAACCUGACGGGCGGCGACACCGUCGUGAUCUACCCAAACUACCGCACCAACGCGUUUGGCUUCCUCCCGGGGCGGCAAGUGGCUGAUGACUGGCCCGAGUCGGACCUGAACCCGGGGCUGCUGGACCAGCGCGCCGCCAUCGAGUGGGCCCGCCGGCACGUUGCCAACUUUGGCGGCGAUCCGGACAGGAUCACCAUCCAGGGCCAGUCGGCCGGCGGCGGUAGCGUCUUGGCCCAGGUCCUCGCCGUUGCGGGGGAGGAGGACUCGGAUGCUGCACCGCGGCCGUUCCGCGCCGCGCUGGCGAAUUCGCCCUUUUGGCCCAAGGUCUACCGCUACGACAGCCCGGAGGCGCAGUGGAUCUUUGACAAGGUCGCCGAGGAGGUCGGGUGCGGACGAGCUCCUUCCGCAGCGGAGGAGCCGGAUACGCGCCUGGCGUGCCUCAAGACGGCAGACGUCCAGGCGAUCCGCCAGGCUGCGCUGCUGAUCGCCGACAGCCACGUCCACACGACGUCAACGUUUACGUGGGCGCCUGUGAUUGACGGACGGUUCCUGCGCCGGCCGCUAAGUAGUCUCGCUUCAGGUCGAUCAGGGAUUGUGGCCGGGUUUGCAAUGUAUAAUACGCAUGAGGGCGAGGACUUUAUCCCGCCGGCUGGUAAUCUGUCCUUCGACUCCUGGCUGCCGGGGUUUCUUCCGAACCUAUUGCCUGAGGAUCUCGCAGCGGUGAAGUCCACAUAUCCCGAAAUCGGCAGCUCAGAGACCAUCGCCGAGUACAGGAAUUCUUCGGUCCGCGCAGGGCUGAUAUAUCGUGAUGUGGUGCUGGCCUGUCCGGCCUUGUGGUUCGCCAACUCCAGCGGUCAGGGCUGGUUGGGGGAGUACUCUAUCAGCCCGGCCAAGCACGCAAGUGACGUUUAUUGGUGGAAUACAAUCAACCCCGUACAUGAGACCGAUCGCUUCCAUUUUGAGGGUUACACGGGUGCCCUGGCUUCCUUUCUACAGAACGGGGAUCCAAAUGCCAAGAAGCUCACAAACUCGAGCAUCCCCGGUGUUCCGCCGCUCACGUCUGGGAAGCAGUUACACAUCGAUUUUCAAGGGCUCGACCAGGUAGAGCUGACGUAUCUAAUCGACAGGUGUGCUUUGUGGCAAAGCCUGGCGCCCAAGAUGCCUCUGUAG